CCUGUUUCUCUCCAGGAGCCGGUGGUGCUGACAGAUACGAAUCUGGUUUAUCCUGCUCUGAAAUGGGACCUGGAUUACCUCCAGGAAAAUAUUGGCAAUGGGGACUUCUCAGUGUAUAGUGCCAGCACACACAAGUUUUUAUACUACGAUGAGAAGAAGAUGGCCAAUUUUAAGAACUUCAAACCCAAGUCAAGCAGGGAAGAGAUGAAGUUUGCUGAGUUUGUGGACAGACUCAAAGAAAUACAACAAAAAGGGAGUGCUGAGAGGCUAUAUCUGCAGCAAACCCUGAAUGACACAGUUGGAAGGAAGAUUGUGGUGGAUUUCCUUGGCUUCAACUGGAACUGGAUUAACAAACAGCAAGGGAAACGUGGCUGGGGUCAACUGACUUCUAACUUGCUUCUUAUUGGCAUGGAAGGUAACUUCAUAACUGUUAAACACACUGAGGAGCAGCAGAACUUCUUCGCUCAGAUUAAGGGUUACAAGAGGUGCAUCCUGUUCCCUCCUGAUCAGUUUGAAUGCCUCUACCCUUAUCCUGUGCACCAUCCGUGUGACAGACAGAGCCAGGUGGACUUUGACAAUCCUGACUAUGAGAAGUUUCCAAACUUCCGGAGUGUGGUUGGCUAUGAGACGGUGGUGGGUCCAGGGGAUGUGCUAUACAUACCUAUGUACUGGUGGCACCACAUUGAGUCUCUCCUGAAUGGGGGAAUUACCAUCACUGUGAACUUCUGGUACAAGGGUGCUCCAACCCCAAAGAGAAUUGAAUAUCCAUUAAAGGCUCAUCAGAAAGUGGCAAUAAUGAGGAACAUUGAGAAGAUGUUGGGAGAAGCCUUAGGAAAUCCACAAGAGGUGGGUCCCUUGUUGAAUAUGAUGAUUAAGGGACGAUACGACUAAUGCCUGGCUGCCUGGGUGACUGAUGUUGGAGCUGCUUUGUUCACAAGCAAUGGAAGAUACUGAGCGCUAGUAUUGCACGCAGCACUUAACGGACUGAUGGGUUUCCUGGCCCAUCCCUGCCCCACUACAAUAAAGGGGGCUACUGGAACUGCAAAACCGUUAGUACCCCAUUCAUCCUCCACUCUCAUCUAACCGAACCUCCCAAGAAAGAGUCUGCACUUAUUGGAAGCUGGAUUCAUGCUCACUAACUUGUUUUUUUCUCCCUCUUCCCUGUUUGCCACAACAAAGAGCAUGGCUUCUGGCACUCGGAUGUGUUGCUUCAGGAUUUUCAGGCAUUUGAAGAAGAGCUUGGAGGAGAACCAGGAGUGAUCUUGUUUCCUCAGCCUCCUAGGGUUUGGGCCUCCUGACUGAGUUUGUGUUAGUGCCUGCAGUGGAAAUAAGAUGGGAAGUGAUAGUUUUCACAGUCCUCUGUUGUUAGAGGACCUGUCCACACUCAACUCUGGCACCUUUUUGUAUAACAGAAAUGAACAUGUGAGAUGGCCUGUGUGUG